GAUAAUCAGAGGGGUACCUGUCUGUCUGUCUGUCUGUCUGUCUUCAGAGCAUUUUCAGUCGAACUGUCAGAGGAACCUGAAGAAUAUUCAGAGAGUUUGUGGAGAGCUAAGUCAUGAUGUCUGAUUCCAGGGUGUCCUCUGUCAUCCAGGAGUGGGCGACCUCGUACCCGGGUCAGGCCCACACCCAGACGUUGAACCUUGCCACUUCCAACCACGCUGCGUCGACCAAUCAGCUGGCUCAGAUGGACAUGAUCCCGUACAGCCAGUCUCAGGGGCUGGUGAGAGUUGGCGGUGAUGACAGAAUGGCUGAGCAGAUGAUGGGGCUGCCUUACCUGCCGUACACCACUUCCUGUCUCAGCAACACCUCGACCGCAGGGAGCACAAACCACCACCAGAGCCACGCCAACAAUCAGCAAGACUUCUCCUCCUUCCUCCUGCCAAGUCUGCGGGCCCCGGUAAACAAGAGGAGCAUCAGCAAGGACAGUGCAGAGUACCGUAUGCGACGCGAGAGGAACAAUGUCGCUGUGAGAAAGAGCCGGGACAAGGCCCGCAGGAGGAUCCUGCUGACCCAGCAGAGGGCCCAGCACCUGCAGGAGGAAAACCAGAAGCUGCAGAUGAGGAUAGGGCAACUGACACAGGAGCUGGACACUCUCAAACAUAUCCUGUCACAGAGGCACCUGCAUGGAGCUGAGGAGGGAGUAGCUGGGGAGUCUAGUAUCUAGAACCACGUUUGUACCUGGUAAUAUCAUCUAACUGUAGGCGUCAUAUUCAUUAUUAGUGUCUAGGCAGUCCUCAAAUGCCUCCUUGUUGAUUAUUCACCAAAAGGCAACCAUUUGUGAAAAAGUCACUUAUAGAAGAAGUAGGUUUGAAAAUGGAGCAGUUUGUGUGGAUUCAAUGGCAGAUAUAAGGCUUAGUUAUAGCUUCAUAUUGUAAAAUUGUGACGAGAGAAAGCAUAACACACUGGCGGGGCUGUAGCGACCACUGAGGACAUUGAGAUCAUGUCUCCUGGAAAUGUUGGGGGUCAUAGCAGCCAGGGGGAGUUUAUAUUCUACAAUUACUACGUUAAGCCCUGUAAACUGUUGCUAUACCUGUUAAGCUCUCGCACAGCACAUAUUCAUUUUACACAGAUAAUGGUGGUAGAUUUAACACUCAAACACACAGAAGAAAGAAAAAGCAGCAUCUCCUUCCUAGCAGACAACUGUGGGAUUUAGUUGGCUGACUGUCGCUAGCAGAUUUUAAACCCUGUUUUAAGUAGCUUGUUUAAUGUUUCCAGCUCUUUGGAUGUUCCAGCCCGCAACAGAUAUUUUUCUGGCAUAAUCUAUAAUCAUUUAGUUAACCCCAAUCCCUUUGAAAACAAUGCAACGUUUCUGCUCUUGUUAGUGUGCUAGUCAGCUAGACAUGUUAACAUUUGCAGCAUACAUGGGCAAAUAAAAAGACACCACCAUCCAAACUUUGAAUGCAUACAUACAGUGUGUCUCUACAGCCCCAUAUGUACACCCCAACACAUGGAGAAGUUUGGUAGGCCCACCAGACCUAGUUAAAGGUUAGCAAAUGGUCAGUGAAAUUCAGGGCAGUGUGGAUUAGGUUUUACUUUUUUUUUUUUUUUUUUUUACAGAAAAUAUACAGUUAACUGAAUAAAUAAAAUGUUUUUUAAAAUCCAAUAAAUGAAUAAAAAUCAGAAUGUUUUGGUAUCUGUUCAGAACUUCCUGGGUGAGAGGAGAAUUACUUCCUCAGUAUUGCUCAAAUUGUGGCUACAGCCCUGUACUUUAGAACUUCAUGAAGCACCCAAACAUUUAGUAGGAAGACAUGAGAUGGGUUUGAAUGUAAAUGUAAGCCAUUGCACGUUCUAAACUUUCAGUGAGUGUGAAUAUCACAAUUUGUAAAACAGCUACGUUAGAUGGAGAAAAGGAGUUUAAGGAGAAGUUGGUGUACACAACAGUUAUUUAACAAAUCCAAAAAUUAACUUUCCUGAAAGUUCCUGAGGACAACAUCUUCACAUCCACAAUCCUCUCAGACCCUUUAAAAAGAGGAGCCCUCUGUGAAUUAGACUGAUUUGUUAUAUGAUUUGAUUUAACAAACAUUGCCUAAUUAUCUACCUGACACUUCUUGUCAUCGUCAGAGAUGCUUGUAAGUGUAGUUGCCCAACAAGGUUACACCACAACCUGCGGUUUGUAGGGGGGUUCAAUGAAAUCUAAGUAUCUCUCUCUGUAUAAUACUCUAUCUUUUGUCACUAAACCGGCGUGGGAUUACUUGAAAUAAUGCUGAUAUAAGAUAUGAUUUUUAAUGUUGUUGAAUGUGUUUUAUAAUUUUAUAUUAUUGCACUGUUAAAGCAAAACUUUGUCAAAUAUUUUCUUAAAUAAACAAAUAAUUGCUUGUGCUUGGAAAAAAA